CCUCCCAUCUGCCCUGUGCACGGCUUAUCGGGUAACUGGAGCCGGGAGCCACGUCCACGCCUGAAACAGGAAGCCCGGGCCGUGCGUAAGCAACCAGGACCCGCCGGGUGGCCAGGGCCAGAGGAUGGAGGAGCAGCGGGCGCUCACGGCCGCCAAGAACGGGGACCUGGCCACCCUGGAGCAGCUGCUGGAGGCCGGCGCCCUGGGCCCGGGCAUCACCGAUGCCCUGGGGGCCGGCCUGGUGCACCACGCCACCCGGGCCGGCCACCUGGCCUGUGUCAAGUUCCUAGUGCAGCAGGCCAAGCUGCCGGGCAACCAGCGGGCCCACAACGGGGCCACGCCGGUGCACGACGCCGCCGCCACGGGCAGCCUGGCCGAGCUGUGCUGGUUGGUGCGAGAGGGCGGCUGCGGUCUGCAGGACCAAGAUGCCUCAGGCGUCUCCCCACUGCACCUGGCCGCCCGCUUUGGACACCCAGUGCUGGUGGAGUGGCUGCUCCGAGAGGGCCAUGCGGCCACACUGGAGACGCUGGAGGGGGCCUUGCCGCUGCACCACGCUGCCGUCAGCGGGGACCUGACCUGCCUGAAGCUCCUGACGGCCGCCCACGGCAGUGGCGUGAACCGGCGAACCCGCAGCGGCGCCUCCCCACUCUACCUGGCCUGCCAGGAGGGCCACCUGCACCUGGCCCAGUUCCUGGUGAAGGACUGUGGUGCCGACGUGCACCUGCGCGCCCUCGACGGCAUGAGCGCCCUGCACGCCGCUGCCGACCGCGGCCACUACUCCCUCGUCGUCUGGCUGGUCAGCUUCACAGACAUUGGUCUGACAGCGCGGGAUAACGAGGGGGCCACAGCCCUCCACUUUGCUGCUCGUGGCGGCCACACGCCCAUUCUGGACCGGCUCCUGCUGAUGGGUGCACCCAUCAUGAGAGACUCCUGGGGGGGCACCCCACUGCAUGACGCAGCAGAGAAUGGGCAGAUGGAGUGCUGCCAGACCCUGGUCUCUCACCACGUGGACCCCUCCCUGCGGGAUGAAGAUGGUUACACGGCUGCAGACCUGGCAGAAUACCACGGACACCAGGACUGCGCCCAGUACCUGCGGGAGACAGCCCGGCCGGUGCCACUCCUGAUGACGCCCCCGCCCCCACCCUUCCCCCCUCCUCCGCUGUCGGCGGCGAGGCUCUCCCCAGAGGAUGGAAGAAGAGGGGGCUCAGGUCUUGGGAGCCCCACCUCAGCUCUCAGCCCGGCCUGGCCCAGCCAGCCUGACCAGCCUCUUCCGAGGGAGCGGACGACCUGCACAGCCCCCCCGAGGGUCACCACCAGCACCACGGCUGUCCUCAUGGGUGCGGAAACGCCGGCGGGGGAUGUCCCAGACGGCCUGGCUGCGCUGCAGCUGGACGGGCUGCCCUCGGGCGACCUCGACGGCCUGGUGCCCACGCGGGACGAGCGCGGCCAGCCCAUCCCCGAGUGGAAGCGGCAGGUGAUGGUGCGCAAGCUGCAGGCACGCUUGGGCGCGGAUCCGAAGGAGCCGGAGGCCCAGGACGACAGCGGGAGCGCGGGCCCUGCGGAGCAGGCGGCCUGGCGGUACUCACAGACCCACCAGGCCAUCCUGGGCCCCUUCGGGGAGCUGCUGACUGAGGACGACCUGGUGUACCUGGAGAAGCAGAUCGCUGACCUGCAGCUGCGGCGCCGCUGCCAGGAAUACGAGAGCGAGCUGGGCCGGCUGGCGGCCGAGCUCCAGGCCCUGCUGCCCACGCCCCUGGUCAGCAUCACGGUCAACAGCCACUUCCUGCCCCGGGCGCCCGGGCUGGAGGGCGAGGAGGGCCCUGCCCUGGUGGCCGAGCCCAAGGAGUCCUUGGGGGCCUUGGAGGCCGCGCCCGACGGGCAGCCCCUGCCCUUCUGGUGCAGGCACAUCUCCAGGCUGGUGCGCAGCAUGUCCCUGCUGCUGAAGGGCAUGAACGGGCUGGUGCAGGGUGAGGAGAAGCCAGCCGCCCAGCCCCGGCAGGAGGCCCCCAGGGAGGCCCCGGCCAGCCCCCCACGCAGCGCGGCCCAGCGCGAGAUCCAGGAGUGUGGGGUGUCCGUGAGGACGCUGCGUGGCAACUUCGAGUCAGCCCCCAACCCACCCUGCACCCCAAACCCGGGCACCAGUGAACCAGGGGCCCGGCCCGGGCAGUGCCUGAGGGGCUGCUGGUCCGCCCCUCUGCAGCCCCGAGGCGAGGCCAGGCCGGGCGACGCAGAGGAGGCCAGCGACUCGGGCAUCAGCUGCGAGGAGGCGCCGUCGGAGGCGGGCGCCGUGCCCAGCCCCGAUCUGGCCAACCUGCGCAAGGAGCGCAUCGUCAUGCUGUUCCUGAGCCACUGGAAGAAGUCGGCCUACACACCGGCCCUCAAGACGGCUGCCUGCAGGACCCUGGAGGCCCACCGCACCGGGCCGAGGGGGCAGGAGGCGGCCAGGGGCCCCCGGCUGCCCUCUCUGCUGCCCAGCGAGGGGCCCCGGCUCGGCCACCUGUGGCAGCAACGGAGCAUCAUCACCCACCUGCUGGGCAACUGGAAGGCCAUCCUGGCACACGUGCCGGCCCGGCAGCUGCGGCGGCUAAGCCGGCGGCCCCGCGGCCCCCUGUCCCCCGAGCAGUUCCUGCCCCACGUGGACGGGGCGCCUGUGCCCUACGGCAGCCUCACGCUGGACCUCUUCAUGCUGGGCUACUUCCAGCUCCUGGAGUGCGACCUGCCGGCCGCGGAGCGCAAGAUGCGCCACCUGCUCUGCUUCGAGGUCUUCGAGCACCUGGGCGCCCAUGGCUGGGAGGCCGUGCGUGCCUUCCACAAGGCCGUUACCGACGAGGUGGCCGCCGGCCGCCGGGCCUGGACCGACGGCUUCGAGGACAUCAAAGCCCGCUUCUUUGGCUCCAGCCGCGGUCCAGCCUGGGACGUAGAGCCUGGCCGCAAGUCAGGCCUGACCCCGCUCGGGCCCCUGCCCCACGCUGCUGUCCCCGGCAGCGGCCUCAAGCCCGCGGCACAGCGCCUGGGGUCCGGCUCCCAGCGGGGCAGCUUCAGCAACGAGGACAUCUGCGGCUACAUCGACCGGAGCUUCGCCUUCUGGAAGGAAAAAGAAGCCGAGAUGUUCAGCUUUGGAGAGUGAGACGGGCUGGCAGCCUGCCUUCCUCUGGAAUGGGGUUUUGGGGGUGGUUUUGGUUUUCUCUUCUCUUUUCCUUUUUCGCCCACCUGGUGGCCGGGCAACCCCGAGGCCAGGCCGGCAGAUACUGAGCAUGCUGGUUGCUUCCCUCCGGUUCUGCCCCUUAACAGGUGCCUCCUCACUGGUGGGACUCAGCUUCAGAAUCCUUCUCACCACUGGACCCAAGAAGCCCUCUCGGGCUCCUGGUCGGCCCUGAAGUUAGAUGACUUGGCGUCCCGGCCCCGGGUCCCUCUGCCUGGUCAUCCCCCAGGCACCUGGGAUGCUGGCCUAUUUCCCCAGAGCCUCUUUGCAGUGUCCCAGGUCACCUGGGUGUCCCGCCCCUAUGUUCCUCUGGUGCUGGUGGUCCCGGCUGCGUCCAGAGCCUGUGUCUGCCCUCCACUGGUCCUGCCUCGGUUCCUUCUGGUGACCUUGGGCCAUGCCACUUCACUUCCCCAGGCCUCUUUCUCCAUCUGUGAAGUAGGGGAGGUACUGGGGGUUGGAGAGAACGGGAUUCGAUGGGCAAGAUGCCUCCUGUCAGACCGGACUGGUCUCUGGAAUUUUCCAGGUCAGGGAGAUGGCCCACGCUGACGUGCGUGCUGGUCAUACACAGCCACCUGCUGACAGACACGUGUUCCACUGCCCUCCCACUCUAGUGCCCCACCCCAGGGUGCUCCAAAAACGAAGGCUCCCUGUGGGGCUCCUGUCCUUCAGCUGACCACCGCACCCCACCAGGCCACACGGCCCGAGGCAGCGCGGGGCCCCACCUGCAGCCUCAGGAGAGCAGGGUCUGAAGGAGCGUCUGUGAGAGAGGCGGUGGCUGAAGGGGGCUCUCAGCAGAGGGGGCUGGCAUCCCACCCUCAAAGGUGAACCUGGAUCCAGAGGAGAAUGAAUGUUGGGGGGUAGGCACACAAGCCGGGCCCCGAUGAGGGGCAGCCACUUCCUGGGGUCACCCGAUGUCACCCACACCUUCUCCACGAGGGGCCAAGGAAAGGAGAGGGGUGCUGCCGCUGAGGGCCUCCAGUUCUGCAGAGUAUCGUGGAACAGGACGCUGGCGACAGACCCCCAAAUGGCUGGCCGUGGGAUGACAGACCCCAUGGCGUCCAGGAGAUGGGCCCCCACCACUGGGACCCAAGGAGGGCUGGCCCCAGCCCAUGGGGCUUUGGGGAAGGGCUGUCCUGCAGCUGUGUGAUGGCCCCAACAGGUAGUGUGUGGGGAGGAGGUUUCAGGAAUCUUCCACCGGCCACCGCCUCCCUGCCACCAGGCUCCUUUGGGACAGGGGUCUCUGCAGUGUCCCCACCCGCUGGCAGAGCUUGAAGGGCGGCAGGCGAGGUGUUGGAUGGAACAGAGUGCCCUCCCAGCCAGCUGACUCAGGGUCCCACAGGGAGGGACACUCAGGAAGAUACGAACCCCACAGGCGGUUGAGGCUGCCAGUGUCGGGAAGGGAAGGGGUGCUGGCCCCAGCUCCAGAGCCUCCUGUAGAGCCAACCCUGGUCUUGAAUUUGCUGAAUAAAGACUCCCAUUCCUGGCCA